UGCACUUCGAAGAAGAAGGACCUUCGGCUUCUGCGCUUCUCGACCAAAAAAUAAUGAACCACAAGCACUGAUUUUCUGGCAAGGAACGAGUAUAAAUACCAAUCAAAUACCAUAUUAAUGUCGAGAAACGUGUGAGAGAGACGUUUGGAAGAAAUUUUGAAGAAAAUGACGAAGAAAUGGCAGAAAAUUGCGAAGACAAAUUCGGCCAGGUCGAACGAAUUCGAAACCAAGAUGGCGUCGCCUUCUUCUCCAAUCUGAAAAAUGCACCGAAAAUAAUUUUAGUUGGGUUGGACAUCAGCUAUAUAGGAUAUUUAUUACAGACGUAAGUUCUCCUAUAAUUUUUUCAAGUAUGGAAAAGUAUAAUAUUUUAUUUACGAAAAUUAUUUAUUUUAGUCAAAAUUUAUACCUGAUCAUCAUACCCCCAAAAUACUACAAUUAAUUAUUGUUAAGUCAAAACUCUAAAUGGUGUGGAUGUCAUCUUAAAAAAAUAAAUUAACCGCAAAAUAGGAAAUCCCUCUUUCCAAAAACCUGACAAACAACCCCCCCCCCCCCGAACCAGAGAUAUUCAUUCAUUUUUAUUCUAUAUAUAUACAUAUAUACAUAUACAAUUACUAUUAUGUUUUCUCCAGCAAGACUGUAGAAGAACCAUACAAGAUGAAACCAGCGACUGAAAAGAUGAGGCUUGAAUUCUCUCGGGUAUAUUAAUUUUUAUCUCUCUUGUUUUAAUUUAAUACAGAAAUACUUGUAUUGGAUAGUGCAAGUUUUUGAUUGACCAUUCGUUUUAGCAUGUAUUACCCUCUGAUUAGAAUUUAGAUCUUUUAGAUUUUUCUGACCAAUGGAGAGAGCAGCACAUCUAGUUCUAUUAUUGUAUCUAAAAUUUUGCAUACAUUACAGAUCCAUACAACAGCUGUGGUGAAGUCACGCCCUAAAUAAAGGACCUGGAUAAUGCCUAAUUCAAGAGCAUUGGAAAUGGUGAGAAAAACAAAUUUCAGAAAAUACAAUUGUUAAAUAUUACAAAAAUUGUUUUAAUUAGCUCCUUAUUUUUUUAACAUGGAACAUAACAUUAUACUCUACGUUUCGACUAGUACAGUCAUCUACAGUUGAAUACCACGUUUUCAAAAAUGAAAGCUCGCUGGUCGUGAACAGCGAGCUUUUUGAAAAUUUUUAUUAAUCUCUAUUGUAAAGACUUUUCUAAAAUUUUCGUUGCUUUUUCUCAAAGAAUGUGAAGAAAACUGGAAAGCAGACCCUGGAGUGAUAUAAACGACAUGGACCAACGAAAUCAAUUACGAAUUUAAGCUGCGAAGAUGCAACAAGAAUCGCAAAUGUAAGGUUUGUCGAUGUUAAUCACAAUCAACGAGAUUCCAUUUACUAGUUCUAUAUAAUUCACAUUGUUCAUUAACAUUCUAAUUGGAAUUAAAAUAACAGUUAAUUUUAUCUUGUGAGUGUUUUGUAACGUGAAUUAAUGACAUUUUCUCAUUUUAUGAUGGUUUACGUGACAUUGAAUGCACUUGUGACCCACUGGAUGGACGUGUUGUGAUGUGCUAUGAAGAGAGCGUCAACCAUGACGGAACCAUCAACAAAAUGACGAACCGUGACCAAAAGAAGCAACAACAAUGCAAAGAUGUAUAGUAAAUGUAAGUUUUGUUGAUACAAUUUGUGGAAAUAACGUAACUGUACGUAUUUUACGGCAUGUAAAACACGGACUGGACCGGGAAAACGCGGACUCAGUCCGCGAUUUGUAAAACACGUACUCAGUCAGCGAUUUGUAAAACACGGACUCGGUCUGUGUUUUACAAAUCGUGGCAACGUUUUCGUAAUCAUGCACGGACUCAGUCCAGUACCGCGGACUUUGUACUGAUUCAGUCGUGAGAGUUUUGGCGGAAAUUGCGGCAUAAUUCUGUGUAUAAUCAUAUCCUGGGGCUAAAGUUGGUAUAAAUUACUAUUAUUUAUUUAUUGUUUUGAAUAAACAGAUGAACAGCGUUCAAUCUUAGGAACACGCUCAGCCAUGUGGCACUUUGUGCCACUAUUGUCGAGGAAACUCACAGGGCCUUUCAAAGGGGCCAAUUUGGCCCAGGCACCCAUUUAAGGGAGCCCCAUGCGAAAUUUGCAAAAAUAAAAAAAUAAUUUGGAACGUUUCUUGACCUAAAUUUUAGACCUAAAGUUUACAGAUACUGGUCCGAAAAACAGAUAUUGGUCCAACAUUUUUGGGAAAACUAGGGGCCCCCAAAUAAAAAUUUGCCCCGGGCCCCCGAAUUUUUCUGAUAUAGGCCCUAGAAACUCAUGCGUACAUCAAGUGUGGCCGUUUCAUAUUAUUUAAAUAGUUGUAGCCUGCACAUAUAAUACUAGCUCUUAUAACAGAUACCAUUUAGUGUUAAUCAUAAUUAGACGAAGCCAUUCUUGAUUACAUUCAUUUUAUAAUGGUACGGUUGCGGUUUUGACUUAUGAUCCCAACAAAUAUGAUAGAGUUAUAAGUUCUUUGUAGGUUUGCAUGCAUGGCGAUAAAACAUAUAUUACUGUUGUUGUCGUUGAAACACCAUGUAAAUUUAUUACUGCAAAGCUUUCAAUCCGUAAGCCCGGAUCUUCAUCAUAUUAUUAGCACUGUUGAAGAUCCGGGCUUACGGAUCGAAAGCUUUGCAGUAGUAAAUUUACGUAGUGUUUCCACAAACAAUAGCAAUAUAUGAUAAGAGUUAAUUUGCAUGAUUGUUUUGCGUCCGUGGCGUAUUAAUUAAAAUGGUUAUUAUAAAUUUGCGAGAAAUAUGAAAUAGAAAUUCUAAUCAGUUCCUCAUUACUGUACUUAGAUUUGUAAAACGCGGACUCAGUCCGCGUGUGUGAGUCCGCGUGUUUUACAAAUCGCGGACAGAGCCGGUCCGUGUUUUACAAAUCGCGGACUCCGCGUUUUCCGGGUCCAGUCCGUGUUUUAGAAAAAUACUGUAAUGAGAGCUUUGUCAGUAUAAAAAAUGAGGAUUUCAGCUUGUAAAGAGCCUUGCAAAUUUUGUAUACAUUUGUAUCACCUUGCCUAGUUUAAAAAAUAGUCUAUAAUGGGAAUUGUCUAUUAUUUAAUUAUCACUUAUUUACUGAGACCGAGGGAAACAGUGUGUUUUGUGGACCCGAGACCGUCGAUGUUUCCCGAGGCGAAGCCGAGGGAAACAUCGACGGUCGAGGGUCCACAAAACACACUGCUUUCCCGAGGUCUCAGUAAAUAAGUGUUUUAUUAUAUAUCAAUAGUCAAAGAAACAACAAAUUAAAGAACAAAUGAACGUAAAUACAUGAAAUGUAGUGUCCAUCGGACGUGCAACUUCAGAUCUCCUACCAGUACAUACCGGUGUUCCACAAGGUUCAUCACUUGGACCACUUCUCUUCAUUUUAUUCAUCAACGACAUACCACUUGUUAACAAAGAAUGCAAUUCCUACAUCUAUGUAGAUGACACCACCUUGGUCAAGUCAGGGACAUCCAUCAACACCGUUAGAUCACAUCUACAAACUGGUGCUGACAACUUAAGUAACUGGGCCUCCGAGAAUAGAAUGGCCAUCCAUCCCAACAAGACUAAGGUCAUGCUUAUUGGAUCACGACAAAAACUUUCAACCAUCAACGAACCGCUCAACGUUUCUAUCUGCGGAACCACCAUCUCCCAAACAACCUGCGAAAAACUACUUGGUGUGCACAUGGAUGACUCACUCACAUGGAACACCCAUAUUUCUCACGUUAUCAAGAAAUACAACAACAAACUUGAACUUGUGAAACGAGCCAAACCUUACCUUACACCCAAGCUCCUCCUUCUCCUUUAUAACAGCAUAGCAAAGCCAACACUCGAGUAUUGUUGUAGCGUUUGGGGUAAUUGUAGUACAGACGCUCUUGGACGUGUAACAUCUGCCCAAAAACGUGCCGCGAGGAUUCUACUAAACGCUGAUUACACUAUCCCAUCAAUAACCUUAUUCAAAGAAAUCAACCUUAUCCCAAUUCAUGACACCAUUCGCCACCGGAUCCUACUACAGACGUUCAAAUGCAUACAUGACAUCAGUCCACCAUGCCUCAGCACCCUCAUGGAAAAACCAACCCACCACCAUUCAACAAGAGCUAUUGCGAAUAAUAAUGUACACAUCCCAAAAGCAAGAUCUAACGCAGGAAAACGACGAUUUUCAUUUAUAGCAUCUACCUUAUGGAACAAUUUCCCUAACGAGGCAAAGAAAAUAACAUCGCAGCCGUCAUUCAACACAUAUUGCAAGAGUUACUUUAGUCAGAAACUCGUGAGUUCAACUAAACUUAACAGCAUAAGGCUUUAUUAAGAUAUCUAAAAUAUCAUCAGCAAUUAAUUGUUUAAUAUAAGUAUAUAGUCCAAUAAGUAUCAGUGACAGUGUAUUCGCUGUUAAGAACAUUUAGUGUUUGUUUGUUUGCAUGUUUUCUCUUUUAUUAAGACUAUAAGUUGGUUGCUUUCUUGGUGUACGAACUGCCGAAAUUCAUGCCUGCAGUUUUAGCUGAGCAUGAUCUACUUUCGGUUGUUCGUACAUGGAGAAAGUGUCAAAUACUGUCAUGUUUAUAAUGUCACUUUAGACACUUGUGAGUUGUGUGUCAACGCGUAUUUCGACUUGUUAAACUGUACUGUAAAUAUAAUUUAGACAUAGUUAGAAAAUUGCCUAAUUAGUAAAUUGGGGCUUUCUCGAGGUAUGAACAACUGAAUUGUAGUACUGGUUAAUACUUUACAUUGUACCCAUGAUUUCAUUUGUUCAUACUCCUAUAGGAAGUAAUGAAUAUAGUCAUGUUUAAUGUUAUUGUUGUUGUGUCUAUAGAGUUUAGGAGGACCAGAUUGGAAAAAAGUUGUAACUUUAUCUGUUUAUCCUCAAUAAAUAAAGUGUUAUUAUUAUUAUUAACUAUUUUAUUGUUAAAACGUUAUAUUAAACACUGGCUACACUGCAGUCAAUACUUAAAGCGAAAGUUUUAAUUACGUAUACUAGGCAUGUCCAAAGGUCGCAUCUUCACGUGAUGGCGCACGUGAUUUUUUUGUUAUUCGCCGGUCGAUAACGUAUUAUCUCCCUCUCGCGCUGUUGCGAGGGAGACAGCCUAAUUUCGUCACUCUCACGUGAUAUGCUCUCAACCAAUAAAACACUAGAAAAAUGCGACUUCGACUAUUGAUAUAUAAUAAUAGAAUUUAUUCAAUCAUCAUCAAUUAUCUAAUUGAAAUAAUUAUUUGUUUUAAAAAGGAUGUGACGCUGUGUUAAAGAGAGUGCAACAAGACAAGAUGAAGACCUACAACCAAUAAAUCCUCCAACAUUGACAAGGUGAGUUGUUCAUAUUAUGCCCUGGGUUAGACGAUUAAAGGGGGAAAUCUGAUUGGUUUCUCAGAUAUGGAGAGGCAUCAGAGACAAAACAUCAUGAUGUCAUUGUAUCAUUCCAUUACAUCACAUCGUGACACAAUAAUGUUAUCUGAUUCUACCAUGUCAUUAUGUCUUGUUAUCAUGCCAUUAUGGCGUGUUAUCUGGUCUUUAUGUCUUGUUAUAAUGUCAUUAUGUGGUGUUAUCAUGUCGUUAUGUCGUGUUAUCAUGUCGUUAUGUCGUGUUUACUGUUUACUGUUAUCAUGUCAUUAUGGCGUGUUAUCAUGUGUUAUGUCUUGUUAUCAUGUCAUUAUGUCGUGUUAUCAUGUCGUUAUGUCGUGUUAACUUAUCAUGUCGUUAUGUCGUGUUAACUUAUCAUGUCGUUAUGUCGUUUUAUCAUGUCGUUAUGUCGUGUUAUCAUGUGUUAUGUCUUGUUAUGUCAUUAUGUCGGGUUAUCAUGUCGUUAUGUCGUGUUAUCAUGUCAUUAUGGCGUGUUAUCAUGUCAUUAUGUCGUGUUAUCAUGUCAUUAUGUCGUGUUAUCGUCAGGGCCGUAGCGAGGGGGGGUAUUGGGGGGGUGGUUAACCCCCCCAACUUUUGACAUAUUCGGAAAAUGGGAUGGCCAUUCGGAAAAUUACGGCAAUUAUAGUAUAUGGUUUUUGUACGAAAAUCAUGAGAUUCAGGCAAUUUUUAGCUAAUAUCUAACUUUUGGUAUGUCCGGAAAAAUUUUUUGACCCUUUAAAUGGUACACUGACCGAAAUUUUCGGGGGGGGAGGUCGCCAAGAAUUUUCGAAAGUUCGUUCGGAAAUUUUCUUCGUCAUUCGGAAAUUUUUGGCCUACACCCCCCCAACUAUAAAUGCUAGCUACGGCACUGGUUAUCGUGUAAUUAUGUCGUGUUAUCAUGUCGUUAUGUCAUUUUAAAAUAUGUCAUCUCUUUAUACUGUAUACAAUUAUGUCGUGUCAUCAACAUUCAUGUCGUAACUGUAACCUGUCCGUACUUGGCCGAGAGAUGUCGUACAAGGGCGGAUUUUCAUUCUUUUAAAAGGAGGGGUGGAAAAAAUUCUAGUGGUGUGCAAGCGACACCACUAACAGGCCUUAAAAUAUCUUUUACAGGGCCGUCUGACAAAAUGUCCGGUGACGUCGAGUUUGGGUCGGACAUAUUGUCCGAUGACCUUCAGUUCAGUUUUGACUAGGAAAUAAGUCUGAAUGACACAAAUGAAUAAACGGUAAAUGUUGUCUUUACAACAUUUACCGUUUAUUCAUUAUUAAAUAAUUUGUUUCUUUCAUUAUUUCCAAGUCAAAAUUAACUUGCUUCCCAGAACAGCAGUAUUAAAAGACUUUGACAACUUAAGACCGUUAACUUUCCACUUCACCAUUUCGGUCGCCGCCCCGCGCUCGACUACGUUAAAACAACAUUUCCAGUUCACCUUUUAUACAAUAGUACUCUGAUUUUCCAUUUAACAUACAAGCCUGUAGUCCUGGGCUAGGUUACAUUUUGAUUUACGCCGGACAAAGCUACAGUUCGGUCGGUCACCAUUACACUGGGGUCGGACAAACAAUAAACCUCAGUUUCACUUUGGUCGGACAGAAUGUCCGGUGGUUUCCUCUCUACGUUGGACAAUUUCACUAAUGGGUCGGACAAUGUCCGUGACCGACCAAUAUUUUAAGGCCUGACCACUAAGCGAGCUUCGGCAGGAGUUGGGCGUUAGGGUUACUGUCGUUGCAAUCGAAGUGUUGCUCAAAUAUUGAUUCAAUACAUUACCUCGGGCUGACCAAUUCAUUUGAUCAAGUUCCUCGAGAUAUUGAUACACUUCCUGUGAAAGAGCCAAUUCCAAGUAUUUGAUCAUUUCUGGUCACUUCCUUUCUAUUUAUGAUUGGUUAGUUGCACAAACAACAAAGGUGAUUGGUGCAUUCAAACUAUUCAACAGGAAGUUUACAAUUAUACUAGGAAGUGUAUGAAUAUCUCGAGGAACUUGAUCAAAUGAAUUGGUCAGCCCGAGGUAAUGUAUUGAAUCAAUAUUUUAGCAACACUUCAAUUGGAACGACAGUAAAGAUUUUCACACAAAAUAAGAAGGGUGAUGCGAAAUUUUGGUGGGUUGACCACUUUAUAAGAAUGGUUAGAAAGAUUCCAGGAGGGUAACCCCACAGUAAAUACGCCCAUGAUAUCGUAUAUGUGUCGUAGAAAACAGCAAAUUCUAUUCAAAAUGGCGUCCUUAAACCAAAGUUGAUAAAAUUAAUAGAGGAAAUCAACGAAGAAAAAAAGAAUGCACAGUAUUCCACUUGCAGCAAGAAACUGAGUAGUGAAUAAAUCGCACUCAUUAUCCCACUUAAUUAAUAUAUGGAUGCCAUUUGGACUGUGAGUGACAUUUUUUCCCCCACGAAAACAAUGACGGGUUUUCAGCGACCAUUUCCGGCAUGUUACGACAUGAAUUACAAUAUAUCGCGGCAAGUUACGACAUGCAUUAUGACAUAAUGUCAUGAUAAGAAGACUUAGUAUAACUACAAAGGUGAUUAUUGAAAAUUCCCCACACUAAUUGGUUGCCGUUGAGGUGAUUAUAACACGAUAAUCACUUACGCAAUAUUCGAAAUGGCGGCCAAAGCCGUUUUGUCAAUUAAAUGACGAAGAAAUGUACAUUUUUAAUUUUUUCCCAAAUAAUAAUCACCUAUAAAAUUAUAAUAAAACAAUUAUUCACCUCAGGCUCGGUGAUUAUCGUGAAUAAAAACCUCGACUUCGUUACUUCGCCAAAUUAUUGCGGUUAAAUAAUGCAUAGUAGCGUCACAUGAUGUUAUUGCAUCACGAUAUAAUGGAAUGAUAUAAUGACAUAAUGAUAUUUUUGUCUCUAAUGCCCCUCCAUACACAGAGAACUGGUAUUCAAAAUCUGUAAUCACAAAUAGUUCGUUUUCUUCGUAAUAUUUCUCUGUGAAAAUUGUUACGGGUGUUCAAGAUUCCCAAUUCAAGAGUAUGCGCUUUAGAAACUAAUGCAAGUUUUCUUGCACUUCCGGUUCCGUGUAUCCAAGAACCUUUUUAAUUUCUAACGAUAGUUUCUUUAAUUUCAAAAGGUGAUGUGAUGUAAAGAAUCAACGAUGGUUAACUUCAAAAGGUGAUGUGAUGUAAAGAAUCAACGAUGUAACGAUGCAAUGAAAAGACCAGAAUGAAUGACACGUGGAUGAUAUGACCCAAGAAAAGAAUGACAUUUCGCAACAAUGAGGAAACCUCGAAUUGCUAAUAUGAAAGUAGUGAAAAUGUUACCAAUGUAAGUUAAAGGCAAGAUACUUAUUCAGAGAUCAAAGGGGAUUCAAAAGAAUAUAAUUGUUUCUCGUUGAAAAAAAAGCAAUAAAAGAAUUACAUGGCAAAAUGAAUAUAAAAUGAUCAACGUGAUUAUUAAGUCCCUUUGGCAAAACUAAAAUGAAAUGAAACAUCCUAUAAGUUUGAAUAUUU